AUGGUCUCCGCGGGCACGGACUCGAGGACGAGGCCAUCGACGAGGGAUAGAGCCUGCAAGCCUGAGACUUUCCGACAGGCCAUCGUCCACAUCCUCUUCUUCCUACGGGACGAUCGGUCGCAAAACCAGCACUUCGAACCUUUCAUUACACUCACAUUGUUGAAAACCGACACCACGCCCGCCCGCCCACUCGCUCGACCUCCCGAGCGUCGAUUCCGCCCUCGCGCCCGCACACCGGGCUUGACGCACUCUGCGCGCACGCCCCCGCCCUCGCCUGGGACCCAAAUCCGCAUGCGCGCGUCCCCUCCCUAUGCGCGCACGCACGUCUCCUCGACACCACGGAAGAUCCCCUCGUUCUCCAUCCCUCGUCUAGCGCCACUGGUGACUGUCCCUACACCGUCGCCGAACCUCCAACCCCCCGCUUCCGCUGCACUUGCGCUCCGCGCCCGCGCACAGAGCGUCGCGAAUAUCACAGCACGUCGAGAGGAGGCCGAGGAGCCGCUGACGGCGAAGAGUGAGCUAGGAAGGAGGAAGGAGGCCGAGCGUUACCGAGGUCCGUACUUCCCUCUCUCACCCUUUCCUUCUGCCCCUUGCCCGCCGCCGAGUGCCCUCGACCCACUGGAGUUCUUGAGCUCUGUUAGAAGUUAG